UUCCAAAGCCUGUAACCGAGAAACUGGGGGCGGGGGGGAGGAGGAAGACUUGGGGUAGGAAUGGCGGCUCAAAUUCCAAUUGUGGCCACCACUUCCACUCCGGCGAUAGCCCGGAACAGCAAGAAGAGGCCAGCCAGUCCUUCCCACAACUGUAGCAGCGCUGGCGGUUACAGCGCUAGUAAGAAGAAAAAAGUGUCCGCCUCCAGCUUUACUCAGGGUAUCAGCAUGGAAGCCAUGAGUGAGAAUAAGAUGGUGCCCUCCGAUUUCAGUACGGGACCUAUGGAGAAAGCUGCUAAGCCAUUGCCAUUUAAGGAUCCAAACUUUGUGCACUCUGGCCACGGCGGUGCGGUCACUGGCAAGAAGAACAGAACCUGGAAGAACCUGAAACAGAUCCUCGCUGCUGAAAGGGCAUUGCCGUGGCAACUGAACGAUCCUAACUACUUCAGUAUCGACGCUCCUCCCUCCUUUAAACCGGCUAAGAAGUAUUCUGAUGUUUCCGGUCUUCUUGCCAACUACACUGACCCCCAGAGCAAGCUGCGGUUCAGCACCAUUGAAGAGUUUUCCUACAUCCGGAGGCUGCCCUCCGACGUCGUCACUGGCUACCUGGCCCUGAGGAAGGCCACAAGCAUCGUUCCCUGAGCCUUGAGAAACGGGGAGGAGGUGGAAAACUGUUUCAAAGGCCGACUUUGGACUCAUGAUUUUGUUUCAUGGAAACAAACUCAUUCUGCUGUCAAUCUGGAAAUGUCAGUGCUGUGCCUUGGAAAGAAUGUUUGGCUUUAAUUUCAGGUUUUUUUUUUCUUUUCUGUGUUUUCCCUCCAAGUGUGAUAUUUCCUGUUGAAUUAAAUUAUACUUCAGUUGUUGCUUCAAGUGAAGUUGUUUGACAAGAUAUAAAAUUGUGCUUUUAACUUAA